GUCAACUCCGGCUCGCGCGGAGGGGCGCUGCCCGAACAUCUCUUUACUCCCACUUUUGCCCUGCCAUCACUUCGAUUCCAGCAGGUCAAAUGGGCUUGGUCCAGUGGUACCACUGCCUGUGCCUUUUUUAGCUGGGGACGGAUGCCCCAGAACCUUCCAGAGAACAACUACGCCUUCCCCCGCCACCGCUCUGGUGGCCACGGAGGCCCUAAGAGUCCCAAAGCCACUGCAGCAGCCGCAGCAGCCAUGUACACCUUCCUGCCUGACAACUUCUCCCCUGCCAAACCGAAGCCAACCAAAGAGCUGAGGCCUAUGCUGGGCUCUGCGGUCCUGGGGCUGCUGCUGGUGCUGGCUGCGGUGGUGGCCUGGUGCUACUACAGUGCCUCCUUACGCAAAGCGGAACGGCUGCGGGCCGAGCUGCUGGACCUCAACCGUGGCGGCUUCUCCAUCCGCAACCAGAAGGGCGAGCAGGUCUUCCGGCUGGCCUUCCGAUCGGGGGCUCUGGACCUCGACUCCUGCAGCCGCGAUGGCGCCGUCCUCGGGUGCACCCACACGGCCGAUGGUCGCCCACUGCACUUUUUCAUCCAGACGGUGCGGCCCAAGGACACGGUCAUGUGCUACCGCGUGCGCUGGGAAGAAGCGGCUCCGGGACGUGCCGUGGAGCACGCCAUGUUCCUUGGCGACACGACGGCCCACUGGUACGGCGGCGCGGAGAUGAGGACCCAGUACUGGCCCAUCCGCCUGGAGGGUCAGCAGGAGCCUCAGCCAUUCGUCACGAGCGACGUCUAUUCUUCGGAUGCCGCUUUCGGGGGCAUCCUGGAGCGCUACUGGCUAUCGUCGCGCGCGGCGGCCAUCAAAGUCAACGACUCCGUGCCCUUCCACUUGGGCUGGAACGACACGGAGCGAUCCUUGCGGCUGCAGGCCAGAUACCACGACACGCCCUACAAGCCCGCGGCCGGCCGCCCCGCAGCCGCCGAGCUCAGCUACCGCGUGUGCGUGGGCUCCGAUGUCACCUCCAUCCACAAGUACAUGGUGCGACGUUAUUUUAACAAGCCGUCCAGGGUGCCCGCGCCCGAGGCCUUCCGCGAUCCAAUCUGGUCCACGUGGGCGCUGUACGGGCGCGACGUGGAUCAGGACAAGGUGCUGCGCUUCGCCCAGCAGAUCCGCCAGCACCGCUUCAACAGCAGCCACCUGGAGAUCGACGACAUGUACACGCCCGCCUACGGCGACUUCGACUUCGACCAGGCCAAGUUCCCCAACGCCAGUGACAUGUUCGGCCGCCUGCGCGACGCCGGCUUCCGCGUCACGCUCUGGGUGCACCCCUUCGUCAACUACAACUCGUCGCGCUUCGGCGAGGGCGUGGAGCGCGAGCUGUUCGUGCGCGAGCCCACGGGCCGGCUGCCCGCGCUGGUGCGCUGGUGGAACGGCAUCGGCGCCGUGCUCGAUUUCACGCGCCCGGAAGCCCGAGAUUGGUUCCAGGGCCACCUGCGGAGGCUGCGCUCCCGCUACACCGUGGCGUCCUUUAAGUUCGACGCCGGGGAGGUCAGCUACCUGCCCCGGGAUUUUAGCACCUACAAGCCGCUGUCGGAUCCCAGCGUGUGGAGCCGGCGAUACACGGAGAUGGCGCUGCCCUUCUUCUCGCUGGCCGAGGUGCGGGUGGGUUACCAGUCGCAGAACAUCUCCUGCUUCUUCCGCCUGGUGGACCGCGAUUCCCUGUGGGGCUACGACCUGGGGCUGCGCUCGCUCAUCCCCGCCGUGCUCACCGUCAGCAUGCUGGGCUACCCGUUCAUCCUGCCCGAUAUGGUGGGUGGCAACGCGGUGCCCGACCGCACCGUGGGCAACCGCGAGGGGCCGGAUCGGGAGCUCUACGUGCGCUGGUUGGAGGUGGCCGCCUUCAUGCCGGCCAUGCAGUUCUCCAUCCCGCCCUGGCAGUACGACGCUGAGGUCGUGGCCAUCGCCCACAAGUUCGCCGCCCUGCGGGCCUCGCUGGUGGCCCCGCUCCUGCUCGAGCUGGCCGGUGAGGUCACCGAUACCGGCGACCCCAUCGUGCGCCCCCUUUGGUGGAUCGCGCCGGGCGACGAGACGGCUCACCGCAUCGACUCGCAGUUCCUGAUCGGGGACACGCUGCUGGUGGCGCCCGUGCUGGAGCCGGGCAAGCAGGAGCGCGACGUCUACCUGCCCGCCGGCAAGUGGCGCAGCUACAAAGGAGAACUCUUCGACAAGACGCCCGUGCUGCUCACCGAUUACCCUGUAGACCUGGACGAAGUCGCCUAUUUCACGUGGGCCUCCUGACCCUGUAGGAACCCCACAGCCCUAGCCAUAUCCUUCAUGCACACUUUUAUUUUUGUUUUAAACCCUCCAUCACGCCUGAACCAGGAAGUCCCACGUCUGUGCUACCCACUAAGUGGUACAUAGUAUGUAGCCAACUGCUAUAGGUGGGGCUUGGAGAGGGGACUUGGAAGCGACCUCCUGCUUCAAUGCACAAUCCUGUCUUCCUUUCCCUCUACUCUCUAUCCGGUCUGGGAUGGAUGGAAGCCAGACAGCCUUUCUCAGAGGAGACCAGUCUGGUUGGUUGGUUGGUUGAAUUCUGUAACACACAAUCUGGUUUUUAAAAGCACAUAGAGAAACUCCCCUCCCCACCUCCCCUGGUCUUUGUGGCCAUCUCUUCCCUUCUGAGGUGGGAAUAUGAGCCUUUCAAAAAGGAUUAAAAUAGUCCCUGCCACAUUUGGAAAGUAUGCAUCUUGGUGUUAGAAGCCAGGCCCUGAGUUCUCAGCACACGCCUGAACUGUGGUUGACCUGGUGCAUACAAGCUGGGGAGAAGGGGUAAAGGUGACAAGGAGGCAGGAGCUCCUUUCCCAGAGAACUGGACUAGGCUCUGCGGGCAGUGAUCACGGUUGCCCUCUGUUUGGGAAGUAACUCCUAACACUGCAUUAACCUAUCGGGGGUCGCGCCUGGGCCCAGCCCUGGGCCAGAUGUGCCUGGAAGGCAGCUUUGUAGGGCCAUGCAAGCCAGACUUAGUGCCUUAACUCAAGAA